AUGGCUACUUGGACCGUUGGCAGUUAUCUCGCGGAGAGACUGGCUCAGAUUGGCAUCGAACGCCACUUCGUAGUCCCCGGCGAUUAUAAUCUCGUUCUCCUCGACAAACUGCAAAAACAUCCCAAGCUUGAGGAGAUUGGCUGCGCCAAUGAACUAAACUGUUCUUUUGCUGCCGAGGGAUAUGCUCGAGCCAAGGGCGUUGCUGCGGCCGUGGUAACCUUCAGUGUUGGUGCCUUCUCCGCGUUUAACGGUAUCGGGGGAGCAUACGCGGAAAACCUCCCCGUCAUCCUAAUCAGCGGAUCCCCGAACACGAACGAUGCCGGCGCUUUCCACCUCUUGCACCACACCUUGGGCACGCAUAAUUUCGAAUACCAGCGCGAGAUGGCCGAGAAGAUCACCUGCGCUGCAGUCGCCAUCCGCCGACCGGAGGACGCGCCACGGCUCAUCGAUCAUGCCAUUCGAAGCGCCCUCCUAGCGCGGAAACCAGCUUACAUCGAAAUCCCCACGAACCUCUCCAAUUCGCCAUGCGCGCCCCCAGGCCCCAUCAGCGCAGUUGUGGCACCGGAGCGGAGCGAUGCCGAGACGCUGGUGGCAGCUGUGAAAGCCGUUACGGACUGGCUCAAUCAUCGGCAAAAGCCAUUGAUACUCGCUGGGCCCAAACUUCGUGCAGGUCGCGCCGAAGCGCAACUGUUGGAACUCGCCAAUGCACUGGGCUGUGCAGUGGCGGUCAUGCCCGGCGCGAAGAGUUUCUUCCCGGAGGAUCACCCGCAGUUCGUCGGCGUAUACUGGGGGGAGGCUAGUACGGAGGGGGCCGAUUCCAUCGUCAACUGGUCGGACGGAGUCAUCGGCGUCGGUGUGGUAUUCACCGACUAUAGCACCUCGGGCUGGACGGCAUUACCGACGAGUCAGAACCUCCUAACGGUCGAUUUAGACCGGGUUGCUUUCCCCGGCGCGGAUUUCGGGCAUGUGCAGAUGGCCGAGCUGCUAUCUCUCCUCGCGACGAAGGUCAGGCCCAAUCGUUCAACGAUUGUGGAGUAUGCUAGAAUCCGCCCAGAUAAACUCCCCGUACCUGCCGAAAAGAGAGGCCUCGCUCUCACGCGCCACGAGAUCGCCCGGCAGAUUCAGCAGUUGCUCAAACCCGAGUCGACGCUUUUCGUCGAGACGGGCGAUGCGUGGUUCAACGGUAUGCAAAUGAAACUACCCAAGGACUCCCGUUUCGAGAUUGAGAUGCAAUGGGGUCAUAUCGGUUGGUCGAUUCCUUCGUCAUUUGGGUAUGCCAUCGGUGCACCCGAUCGCCAUGUCCUUGUGAUGGUUGGCGAUGGAUCUUUCCAAAUGACGGUUCAAGAAGUAUCGCAGAUGGUUCGUCUCAGGCUGCCCAUUAUUAUUUUCCUCAUGAACAACCGGGGCUACACGAUCGAGGUGGAGAUCCACGAUGGUCUGUACAACCGAAUCAAGAAUUGGGACUAUGCCGGCAUGGUACAGAUGUUUAAUGCCGAGGACGGUCACGCAAAGGGUUUCAGGGUGAAGACGGAGGAGGAGCUGGCCAAGGCAAUUGAAGCUGGAAAGGAGAAUACGGCGGGACCGACCUUGAUUGAGUGUACUAUCGAUCAGGACGAUUGCACCAGGGAACUGAUUACCUGGGGCCACUAUGUGGCUCUAGCUAAUGCCCGUCCGUCCGCUGUGACCGGCAGCCGAGUGGAUGUAACAACUGCCGGCGCUUGGGAUUUGAUUGCUCGCUCCUGGGGCAUGGACCUGGUACCCAGGGUAAUGUUAGACGAUGUCGCGCUUCGCAGGCGUGCCGGAGCUGCCGAGCCCGGAAGCUUGGAGUCCCGUUCAUUCUCCAAAGCUUUUAUGCUCAUCGCCCUCGCAGCAAGGUCUGCCUUCGCGCUACGGCUUAACUACGAACACCCCCAGCUGCCCUUCGAGCAACAGGAGAUCCGUAGAAGGAUCAUGUGGUCCAUCUGGGCAAUGGAGAAGACCUGGUCUGGCGGCGUAUUGGAGUUCAAGCUUUGCCACGAUAGCACUAUGCACAUUCGAUUACCCUGUCCUGAAGAUUGCCUUGAGAAUGGGACGGCAGUGGAAAUGGAAUUUUUCGACCCAGACGCAACGGUCACCGGUCUGGGCACGCCGCUUAACGCCCUUGCCCAGACUCAUGCACAGGGCCGCUGGCUUGCUCGAUAUGUCUUAGCGCACACGUCGUGGCACCAGUGCCACUGUGAUAUCUACCGCCUGCUUCUGGACGGAUACCACAAGGCGCUCCCGCAGAGAAUACUGAAAGACAUUGAACCCUCCCUUAUUGAGCACGCGAGACGCAGAUGCAAUAAACAUGCUCAGGCCAUCAUCGACAUUCUCUGCGCGCUGCUCGAUUUGCGCAUCGACCUGCCGUUGUUCGACUCGGACCUGGCCAUCUGCGCUUUUCAUAGCGCUUUUAUUCUACAUUUCGUACACUCUACAACUCCGGAUCGAUCUGAGAUGGAAGACUGGAGGGCAUACAGUCGUCUGCAAUCCUGCCUCGAGGCAGUGAAGAAGGCCUUUGGCACCUCCCCUGUAACAUCGAUCCACCUUCGGGAUCUUGAGGCUUUGGCCUCCACCCCAUUCUCUAGGCAUCAUGAAUUCGCGAAAAUGAUAACGGCCCCUAGAAGCCAAACAGAUAUCCUGUGGACAGCCGAGUCGAGGCAACAGCUCGAGCGGUCAAAUUUAACAAGGAGGGCAAAUUUCAUAAACGACAGCCCAGACGUAGAACCGGACUCUCCACGUACAGAACACGGGGAGGCAAGGGGGAAACAGUCAGAAGAGCGGAUUCAUUUGACUCAUGCGUCGUUUCAGCAACGGCCUUCGCAUUCGAGUCCAUCGCCUGCGCUGGUUUCGACCCUGGAGGACGAUGCAACGAAAGUCACUCCACAACCGUGGCAGUGGGACGAGAUGUAUAACCUGGAUGAAGACUUUGAGACACUGCUAAACCCUGAAACGCUGGAUGCGCAUAGUUGGUGGGGCGAUGUUGACCGGUGGUGA